ACCGCCGCUCCGCCCUGUAAACUCGUCGUUGUAUGUCGGCCAGUGAUCACCGUUCAUUCACGGCGUGUUAGGGGACGAAUUCGCCGAUAUUCUGGAUUGUGCGUGCGUGUUCAAAGCCAUGGCGGUGUUUUUUGACGGAUUGGAAAAUAAAAAGUAAACAUUUCCAGCUUGAGAAUAAAGUGUAAUGCUUAGUCCGAGGUAGAAAUGGCAUAGUAUGUUUUCUAUCAUGAGACCAGAUGAUCAAACCGUUUUGAAAGUUCGCUCACAUACUCUUUCUGUGUGAUUUGACAGUAUUCCCUGGCAUCCGGAUUCAGAGCGGGUGUCAUGUCGAAGCUCCUCAUAUUAUCGCCCUAAUUUGCCCUGUCCUCCAUCUUUCGCGAGUGAUAAGAAAUAACCCCCCUACCCCUCAAAAAAAAAAAAAAAAAAAAAAAAAAGAAUGAUUUUCUGACCCAUACUGAAUUUCUCUUUUAUAUUGAUAAGAUAGGCUAGACCCCCCCCCCCCCUUCGAAUUUCACUCGAAACACCAUGGUAGUGCAUCAUCACAGAAGGGGGCUAUACACUGGUGCCAAUUCGGGGGAGAUAAUGGUAGUGCAGUGGUUGAGAACAAGCAUCUUCUUGGUAGCAGCGACGUGUUUUGUGGUUGAAGCUACCACUCGACCAGACCGACAACCAUCGACUGCCAACGACAUUCUCGCUCGUUACCCAGGACAAGACGAUUAUAUCAGUCCAACAAGGAUAGUUUGGGCAGCCGUGGGGUCGCCAGCUGACCUGUUCUGUAACCUGACCUCGCCAAUUCCCGGCGACCCAGCGUUACUAGUCCUCUGGUACAAAAAUGGAAUCCACAAGCCCAUUUACAGCUACGACGCGAGAAACCGUCCGGCAAGCCACUGGCAGAAUCCCUCACACUUCCAAGAUCGCGCAGACUUCAGCGUCGACUCAGACACGCUAAAGCUCAAGCAGGCGCAGGCAGAGGACCAGGGAACCUACAGGUGUCGCGUCGAUUUCCGCACUAACCCGACCCUCACCUUCACCACCAAUCUCACUGUUAUAGUUCCGCCAAGGAGGCUCACCGUCUAUACAGACAUGAACGUCGAGGCGAGGAGGUCCGUCGGCCCCUACCUGGAGGGGGAGACCCUGAGACUCACCUGCAAGGCCUUCGGAGGAUCGCCGCCCCCAAGAGUCACCUGGUGGGAAGGGUCAUUACUCGUGGACAUGACGCCCGAAGUGGAGACUCUAGACGAAGUAUCGAACACGCUGGUCCUCCCGCCCCUCUCCCGGCGGGACCUGAACCGGGCCCUGACUUGCCACGCCCAGAACUCCAACCUGACGGAGCCCCUGACUACGACGCUCAUCCUCGACAUGAACUUUCCCCCUCUGUGGGCCCGCUUCGAAAGAAUACUCGAGUCUCUGAGUGCCAAUGUAGCUUACUCGAUCGUGUGCGAGAGUGCCGGCUCUCGACCUCCGCCCCUUAUCACAUGGCGCCUCCAAGACACUAUACUUACCACACACACUGAGACGACGAGCCACGAGGGGAACCUGACAACCAGUGAGUUAAAAUGGACACCUACAGUAGGGGAUGUGGGGAAGGUGCUGUCGUGUCAGGCCGAGAGUGAGAAGAUCGCUUACCCUCCUCUGAUUGUGGAGUGGCAUCUUGAUAUCCACUAUACGCCCAUCACGAUCCUGAAGCCGGGGAAAUCACUCAAUCUAAGCAACAUUGAAGAAGGAGAUGACGUCUAUUUCGAGUGCUCCAUCCAAGCCAAUCCUUGGGUUUACAAGAUCAUUUGGCUGCAUGAGCUGCGAGAGCUGCACCACAACGUGUCUGCGGGCGUGAUCAUCAGCAACCAGAGCCUCGUCCUGCAGAGGGUGACGCGGGCGGCCACGGGCAACUACUACUGCGUCGCCUCCAACGUCGAGGGGGACGGGAAGUCCAACCCCAUCCUUCUGCGUGUUAAGUCUUAUACCUCUGUGCUAACCUCCCACAAUAUAUACGUGGUGUUCGUAAUUGCAUUUGCUCAAGGUGUAGAAUACAUUAUGCCGUACCCUUUGAUGUGCAUGAUGAAAGUCGACACAAAGAUACACAGAUUAGGUUCUCGGUCGACGGUGAGCUACACACCCAACACAGAACUGGACUAUGGCACGCUGCUCUGUUGGGGGACCAAUUCUGUGGGUUUGCAACGUCACCCUUGCGUCUUCCAUGUGUUUCCUGCUGGUCGACCUGAUCCCGUGCACAACUGCUCUGGUUUUAACCUUUCCGAAACAGUGGUGAAUGUGCGCUGCGUUGCCGGGUUUGAUGGCCGCCUCCCACAGACGUUCGUCCUCGAGCUGUACGAACCUCACACUAACAUUCUCGUGGCCAAUGCUACAAGUACGGUGCCGAGGUUCGCGGUGGGCGGCCUGCAACAUGGCAUGACCUUCACAGCCGUCCUGUACUCAAGCAACGGCAAAGGACGUGGUGAGAUGGUGUCCUUCAAGGUGUACACUCUUAAGGACGUUGCUGAGAAGCGUACAGGUGAGUAUAAGGUGGAUUUCACAGCUAAAAGCACUACCCAAAAAAUUACUAUAUCAUAA